AUGAUGAGUCAUGUUAUUGUUGUGAAGAUGGGUUCAAGAGAGAAAAAGAAAGAAGAGUCACGCCCUAAUAGAUUUGAAAAGAAAUCAGGUGGAUGA